UCCAGUGGCACGCUCAAGGCGGACCAGGGUCUCGUUGACGUUCAUCAUACGUAACUUAAAUUGACCAUCCUUGGCCUCGUAGGGCGCGGGUAGAGCACGCAUAGGUUCUGAAAGAUGCAGUUAGCUGUCCUGGUGUCCCUGCUAGUGGCAGUUCCGGCCUCUGUCACGACUUCCGAAAACACGACUGAAAUACCGUCGUUUAUUCUUCCCCCCCCUGGGGAUUCCCUCACAGGAGACCAAAGCUUAUCUAAACGCACCCUAUCGUUCAGUUCUUGCACAGGCGUCUACGACCGCGAACUUUUCGGAAGGCUCGACCGGAUGUGCGAAGACUGCUACAACCUCUACCGCGACGUUGGAGUGGCGGUCCAAUGCAGGAGUAAUUGUUUCCACAACGAGGUGUUCCUCCACUGUGUGUACUACCUGUACCGUAGCCCUCGCCAAAGGAGCCAGUACCAGAACGCCCUACAGAGGUUCGGCAAGUAGGCUAGGCUUUCUGCGGGAUUUAUGUAUUCUGCGGGAAUGACCAGACUCUAGGUUCACGUUCAGUUGCUUUUGUGUCCUAAGUUAUAAGCCGAGAUCAUACUGACGUCGAGGUGUUUCAUAUGCAAUGUCUUCAUAAAAUAUAAAAUAUAAAAGAUUUUUUUCUCUCAAAAAUCCU